AGGCGGCCGCGCUGAAUGGCUGUCGCGCUGGAAGGGGCGGGGCCGGGGGAGCGCGAACUGGACCGUUGGCGGGGGCGGGGCCGGUGGCCGUUGGCGCGCGGGUUGAAGAUGGCCGGGAGUUCGGCGGGAGUGGCGGCUGGGGGUGGAUCGGCCCUCUCUGUUCCGCUGGCUGCGGUGGAGGCUGUGGCCGCGGACUGGAUGCUGGAGUUCGCCUGCUCCUGCCUGUGCCGGCACUUCGGGGAGGGCUGCGCGGCGCAGCUGCGGCGGUGGAGGGACGUGGCGCUGGCUCUUAUUAGUGGCCUCUCCAAAAUACCUACACAUCAGAAAAAAACAGUGUACCUCUGUCACCUUUUGAUAAGAAUUGCAGAAGGAAAAAACCUUGAAUGCCAUUUUGAAAAGGAUCAAAGAAUUUCACCUUUGGAAUCUGCUCUGUCUUUCUGGACUUUACUUGAAAGGGAAGAAAUUAAACUGGAAAAGCUUCAUGAAGAUAUUCGUCGGUUGAUUCAAAUUCAGAUUGUAGCAGUCUAUAUGGAAAGUGGAUAUUUCAAGGAGGCUGCUGAAGUUCUUGAAAGGCUGUUUACAGACUCUGAAUCAGAUAAGCCUUUAAGGAUGAAGCUGGCAACCAUAAUUAAGAGCAAGGACCCAUAUGUUCCCCUUCUCCAAAGCUUCAGUUACAAUCUUUUGAUAAGUAAAAUCAAGUCUUACAUUGGACCUUUCAUGAAAGAAAAUGAAACUAACUUCUUAAUACAGGCAGCCGCCGAACAUGUAGAAUCUAAAGGACUGGGAGCAAUAGCACUGCAAAACAAAACCGUGAAUGUCAAUGAAAACAAUGAAAGUAAUUUAAAAACAAAACAAAGGCCAAUGAAAGAGCAACAGAGUAUUAUGAAUCAGUCACCUGGGGACCUAAAAAAUACCACAGUAAGGCCUCAUUUAGGAUGGAAGUGCAGAGCGAACAGGGUUCUUCAGAGUCUGCACAACUUGCAAAAUGUGGAAGAACAUGGAGAUGCUUCAGCUUGUGGCCGAAGGAGACAGCGAUGGACUUACAAAGAAGACUUGGCACUGAAAUCAGGAGUAAGGGAGUUUGGAGUGGGUAACUGGGCUAAAAUUUUGGUCCAUGGUGACUUCAACAACCGAACUAGUGUCAUGUUAAAAGACCGGUGGAGAACACUGUGCAGGAUCGAACAAGGCUAAUUUGGACUACAGGAAACAACUCUUCUUGACCUUUCCCUACAGAAGGACCUAGUCUAACUUUUCAGAAUAAUAACUUACUUCAGUCUCAGUCUCCAGCAGUGUUGCUAUGCUAAAACGUGAAGCAGAACAGUAAUAGGUAUAAAACAUUCACGUAAGCUCACUUGCUCGGGUAAUGAUGACUUAAAUGUAAAGCCUAGCUUUUUAUCUACACACAACAAAUGACCCAAUUUCUGAAAUGUGAAGACGCUUGCAGUGAUUUUAGAAAGGUCAGUUAUGUACAUAGAGGUAUUAAAUGACUGGGAACGUGUUUAGCUUGAUAGAGGCUAAUACUGAGUCGAGAGUUCUUUUAAAGGGUUGUGUCUCUAGUUAGGCUGAGCUUUUUAUCAUUUUACUUCCUGCCAUACAACCCAUUCUGAUCUGGUUUGCUUCACUUAAAUUUUUGGUCAGACUUGUAAUCUCUGUCAGUAAGUGAUACCAAAAAAUAUAUAUGUAUUGGUAAUGCUAAUUUUACAAGCCGAUUCCUUUUUUCUUUUUGCAGUUAAAAAUGUGAUACUCCAUGUAAUUUGAUAUUUAUAAGUAGUAAAGGUGCUGGUUUUGGUUUGGGGUUUUUCUUGAGAAUUAAGCUUAAGUUCUAGGUGAAAGAUUAUUUUGAAUUUAUGUAUAUUGGCAUAAUAGCACUUUUUAUCUCACAGAAGUGAUGGAAAACAUAUGGAAAGUAUCAGUAUGAUACUAGUCUUGACACCUCUUGAUUAUGUUGUGCUACCUCCCUUGUCUUGAGAAGUAGCUUCUUCUAGACCAGUGGGAAAGAGAAAUCUUGAAACUGAAUGGCCAAGGAGAGGCUCAGGAACGAGCCCAUGCUGACAAAACUUGUGAGAGAUGUUUCAUCUGUGCUCUCCGCUGUCUCUGUCUGCAGCGACAGCAAAGAUACGCACUGAUGGGGGUAACUAACCACCAAGGUGUCAGCUGGUCACUGUAAAUGUCCUUCUCCUGAGAGACUGUAAGAGGUGGAUGAUGGUACUGUGCUGUCUCUCUUGAUUCAGAUUGUGUGGAAAAGAGUUCCACAACCUCAGAAAACCUAUACUUUUCACUGCCAUACUGAUGUGAACCUAGUGACUUGAACUAAAAUAUCACAGCGUUCUUUUUAAAAGUACAAUUAUCUGCAAUUCAGAUGUUUUUUGUACUUUUGUCUCUGGAUAAAGUUAUUUUACAGGAAUCUUACAAGGAAAAAGCAUCUGUCCAAACUGGUUAUAACAAAACAAAUCUCUCUCAGGUAUUUUUUGUGGCUACAAAGGAAGACAUAUAUUCUUUAAGGCUGAAAUGUUCAGGAAGUAUUAAGACAAUCUCUCCUCUCUGUUUUGGAGACCUGCUUCCAUUAAGAUAACAUGGUACAGUUACAAAAGUUUGUUUCACACUCAUAUUUUGGACAGGACCUCAGCCAGAUCACCUUCCUCAUACUUGCCACCAGACACUACAGUUUCUUGCAGCUGCAGCAAGCAGUAGUCUUUUGGUUCCACAGAGAUGCUGCAUGUCUUAACUGUAAUUUUUCUCAACUUUAAAGCAUAAUUUCUUUUUAGCAAACAUCAUGAAUUUCAGGAUCUUGAAGAAGUACAGGCUUUGUCCUUCAGCAAGGAAUGCUAGAGCAGCUGUAAGCCAACAAGUUAAAAGUUGUAGCAGGUAUCUGACAAGUGAGAAAGUACAGUUUGCAGCCUCUUUAAUGCUGUAACAAUAAUUCAAGGUGAGUAAUAGGUAACAAAACAAGGAUUUGAGCUACCUGCAUAGCAGUCUUGCCAGUGCUCUAAUAUUGCAGAUUUCUAUGUUAAUCAUUGUAUGUGAGCGGUUUUAACUAGUAAUAAGUAAUUUAUUUUUUUUUUUAAUGUUGGCCACAGCUUCAGUCACGAAGUCUUGUUCAGGUUCAUCUGCCAUGAAGUUCACACCAUGUAUUAGUGACAUGGAGUUCUGAGCAAGACCAUUUCCUUAACAACGUUGACUGGUCAUGCACCUUUAUGAAGGUGGCUGAACAUGAAAAAUGCAAUGUAGAGGAAGAAUACGUACCCACUUGUAGUAUAAACAGCUGCCUAGAUGAUAUUGGGAUGGAGCAAAGGAUCUAAACUGAAAUCUGGUUUUAGCGCUCAAACUUCUGUUUUUGUUCACCCUUGCUACUUAGUAGGGAUAGUAACUAUUCUCAGACUUGAGAAUGUUUGGCUGGCUCACUACUGACUAGGAGCAGUGCCUAUGGACAGGACUGGCCAGGGAAGAACCAGAACUUCAGGAAAUGCAGCUGUUGCCCUUAGAAACAUUCACUCUUUAGUUACAAAAGAGAAACAUGGAAACGUGCUUCUAGUGUUCUAACAGGAAAACCGCUCUUAGCAUUUUGUAUGAAGGCAGAGAGUUUUCCAAAAUGCUUCUUCCAGAGUUCUGACUCCUUUAAAGUUUAUUUAGGCUCCAGAAAAUACAGCAGAAAUAUGUAGGUUUCUUGGCAUUGGUAUUAAUUUUCUUAAUCUUUUUGUUGUUGCUCUUUUAAAGUUCUUGUAAACUUUUAUGUAAAAAUAAAGCUAUGCACAAGGGGACAUGAACAGUGCUUCAGCUGUCGAAUCUUCUUCCAGGUUCCUUGGCACUGAGAGUUGCCAACUGCUUCCCAAUGUAAGGUUUUACCUCUGAAAUAUAACAAUAAAUGAGGAAUUAAAACACUGAGAAGCUGUAUAUUUCAUGUUACUAGGUUGUGUUGUAUAACAUGUCAGAAGAUUAAAUAAUGCAAGACUUUAAUUAGCUCAUCUAGCUCUUGAAAUGCUUUCUGGAGCGUUUUCUAAUGAUUUAUACAGUUCCUAAGUAUAGUAUACAGGAUCAUGGAUUGAGUAGCUGUUUGUAUAGGUAUUAAGUAGUAUGCAUGUUAAUAAACGUAUAGAUCAAAUGAACAUCUAUUCUGUAUAUUAAAUGUCUACUUUCAAAAUUGCUUUUCUAGAAAUCAUGUGUAUAGGUUUGAGAGGAGUAGUGAUCCACCAUUGUUAAACCUGAAAUCAGAUUUGGAUUCUGACAGGAAAUACUGUUUUUAAGUAAAAGUAUCCAUAGCUGUAAAAAGACCUCUUGCACUACCGAAGCUGCGUCAUCCCUUCAUAAUGGUAAAUAAAGCAUUCAAAGCACUGAA